CGCCGCCCGUGCUCCUCGUCUCGCGCCCCAGAUCCCGCGAUACUGCUCCCUGAGGGGACGAGGCUCGCGCUCGCAGGUCGCGGCGAUCGGUCCCACGCCUCGCAUGCCGUGUGCCUUGCCGUGGCAAGUCGGCCUCUGGAGUGGCGAGCGGGGUGAGUGAAGCCGCGGUUAUGUGUGUACGUACAUACAUAUAUGUACCCCGCGUGGAGAGGCUAGAGUAUGGUGAGCGUUUGCGGCUUUAUUACUGCCACUAGUCUUUCGAUUCUCGACCGCGAUUGCGACCUUGCCUGCACGAACGAGACAAUGGGUCGGAUACGGCUGCUUUUGCUGCUGCUGUUUAGCACGCAUGUACGCGGUGGUUUUGUUGACGGACUGUCGCCGCACGCGCGGGACCUGUUCGAGCAGUCCAUGGCGUGGAUGGAUGCGCUGUAUGACCCGGCCGCGGGAUACAUGUUUGACUUCGCGCAGCGGGUACAAACGGGUUUACAGCAUGAUACUCGGGCCUCGGCCUGGCAUGCCGUGGGGCUGCUGGCGAGGAACAAUGGCAGCGAUGUCGAGAAGGCGGAGAAGGUUAUUCGGAAUGUUGUCGGCGCGCAAUUCAGGGACCCUAGGGAUCAGUGGUAGGUUGUGUGUCGACGGCGCCUUUGGGCAAGUUUUGGAAGAGCUGUUGCGAUGCUGACCACUGCCCUGCGUCUAGGUACGGCACCUACAAGAAAUCUCCCGAGGAACCCACCGUCGGCAGCGC